CAGAUUACCGAAUUAUCCAAUGGUGUGCGAGUAGCUACACACAAUUCUCUUGGACAUUUUGUUUCUGCUGGUAUCUAUGUUGAUGCUGGCAGCAAGUACGAGUCUUCAGAAAAUGCCGGUGUAAGCCACAUGCUUGAUCGUAUGGCAUUCAAAAGUACGGAAAAGUACACCACUCCACAACUUAUCAAAGAACUGGAGUCUCUUGGUGGAAAUGUUAUCGCGCAUAGUUCUCGAGAAGGAAUCAUGUACCAGGCAUCGGUAUUUCGACAUGAUCUAGCUAAAAUGAUUGGAAUUUAUGGACAAAUGGUACAGCGACCACUUUUUUCUGAUACAGAAUUAGAGGAAACAAAGGAAACUACUCGGUAUGAACUUCGAGAGAUUUCGCACAAAAUGGAUAUGAUCAUGUCUGAAGUAGUUCAUUCGAUUGCUUUUCAGGAAAACUCGUUAGUUAAUCAAACUGGCCCAGUUGUUGCAGAUGCUACAAAUAUUCUACCUAUUGCAUCAAACACUCUUGGAAACCCUUUAAUCGUUGACGAACAGUCUCUAGAGGCUUUGUCCAGCAAGACACUAAAGGAUUUUCACCAAACCUGGUAUACACCUGAUCGCAUUGUGGUUGCUGGUGUGGGAAUGGAUCACGGUCGCCUUGUGGAUCUUGCUGAGCAAGCAUUUGGCAACAUGAAAAUAGCUACUCCAGAAAUCGCUGCUGCUCAGAAAAAACAUACUCUUUCUCCUCGAUAUACUGGUGGUGUUCGUGUAUGGGAUACACGUAUACUUCCACCAUCACCCAAUCCAGACGACAUACCUUUUACUCAUGUUCACUUGGCAUUCGAAUCCAUGUCCAUGACAGAUCCCGACAUCUAUGCUCUUGCAACCCUGACAUCCUUAAUGGGUGGUGGUGGUUCGUUCUCUGCGGGAGGUCCAGGAAAAGGCAUGUACACUCGUCUUUACACACAGGUACUUAACCGAUGCGGCUGGGUCGAUUCUUGCAAUAUGAUGAACUAUACUUAUGCAGACACUGGGCUUUUAAGCAUUCAAGCAGCCGUCAUCCCUGAUCGAGAAACACAUCGCAUUAUUGUUCCUGUUUUGGCUGAGCAGUUGGUUAACAUGACCCGCACUAUUCACAACAGCGAGUUAUCUAGAGCCAAAAACCAGCUCAAAUCAAACCUGCUUAUGAGUUUAGAAUCCAAGAUUGUUGAGCUGGAGGAUGUGGGCCGGCAAGCACUUUCGCACAAUCGACGACUUGAUGUGUUGGAGAUGUGCAAACGGAUAGAUAUGCUUACUCAACAAGACUUGAAUCGUGCUGCUCGUCGGGUGAUUUUUGGUGAA